CUACGCUCCGGAGACAAUACCUGCGGGAGGGUAUGAGCCAGAAGCUACUGUCCUUCAAUCACGUCUGAGCUCUUCGCGUCCACGUGACCAGAACAUCUAACAACCGAUUCAUGUGGAGAUGGACGAACCGCAGCAGUGACUGCAUGUAAGGUGUCGUGAGAACCGUGGUGAUAGCGGCCGGGCGGAGGCGGGCGGUACAGCAAUGGAACUUGAAGUCUUAGCAAGGAUGCAGUCAUGAUUGCCAAUCGCAUGGCUGCCUCGUGCGGGCGGAGUACUCCAUCGCGUGCUUCUUCCAGGAUCGGUCAAGAAGAAGGGAGUACAUAGCAUCCCUGGUAACUAUCAGAGACGGCGCCGCCGGAAUGUACGCUUCACCGGUAUAUAUCUCACCAUGGCUUCAAUCGGAGAUGCCAAUGCUUGAACCUGAUGACAGCGGUGUUGGCUCGCCGGUGGGCAACAGCCGCGAUGUUGGCUCACUCAUCCUGUGGAAGGCUGACCAGAGAUGGUGGCAGCAUCCGCGCCUAUGUUACGCCGCAAGCAAGCUGCUUGUAGUACAGCAUGCAAGAGCCUCAGCAUGUACUGCGUUGUUCGCACACCUGCGCUGGCCCCAGAGCUUACAUCGGCUGCGGACUUUAAAUUGCAUGACUUCCUCCAGCCAGCGACAGAAACAGGAAGGUCACACCUUGGAGCACCUCCAGAGCGAUCUGCUACCCAUACCACAACCCAUCUCCGGAAACAUGAAGUCAAGCAUAGGAGAAGUGGACAUUGACUCGAGUGUCGCACUUGGAACAGUGGGCGCUGUCCUUGAUGACUUGGUGCUCUGUGCAGCGGCUGGACGACUGUUUUCCGGCACAUCUUCCGCGAUCCUUCCAAGCGUCGGAAUCAUGCGGCUACCGAAAGACGGUAGCUUGACGCAGGCUUUUGAUCCGAGUCAGAGAGGAUGGUAGAUGGCAUAUUAGUCG